AUGACAGAGGCGGUAAAGAAGGCGGGGAUCGUGGAUCGACGAAAUGCUGGUGAGACCAAAUUGACGUUUGCACCGGAGCCGGAAGCAGCUGCACUUUCCACUCUUUGCGAACCCGGACGAGGGACGAAGCCUAACGAGGUUUACCUCGACUUGAUUACAUACAAGAUUGGUUCAGUCAAUCCCAUUCUUAUGGAUGAAGCGGUUGAAGGAUCCGGGGGGCUCUGCGGCGGUAUCUUCAUUGACGAAGCUUUUGAAUACAUGAUUAAAAACCGCCUAGGGCGCAGAUGGGACCGGCUUAGUAGAGCGGGUAUCAAAGAACUCCUCAAGGGGGAGUGGGAGCUCUCUAUCAAGCCACAGUUCAAGCCAACAAAUUCUAGCAAGGAAUAUCUAGUUUCUGUUCCAGCAGAAGCAUUCGGCAAGGAAAAGAAGCUCAACGACACAGAAAAGGAACCAUACAUCAAGAAUGGUCGUAUUCAUUUCAGCAAGUCUCACAUCAAGAAGGCGUUCAGUCAAGUUUUUAAUGACAUUGACAAGCUCAUCGACGCUCAAGUGCUAAAGUCCCGGGACCAGGGACAGCCGCUCAGUGGAAUCAUUCUUGUUGGAGGCUUGGGCUCAAGCCCUUACCUUUACGACCAUCUCAAGAUGCGGCACGAAGAAGCAGGUAUCAAGAUACUUCAGUCAACUGGAAUGAGGCCGCGCACGGCUAUCUGUCGGGGAGCUGUUUAUAAAGGCUUCCAUGAUGGUGCCGCUUCAGGUAUCAAUGCUGAUGGAUCCUUUGACAAUAUACGCUUACCUAUUCGUGUCACCUCUACCAUAUCAAGAGCCAGCUAUGGUCACGGAUACACAACUCAUUUCAUCGAAGGCCAGCACCUCGGGAAGGAUAAGAAAUGGUGUGAGUUGGAGAAACGGUACAAGGCGCAUAACCAAAUGCGGUGGUAUCUAGUCAGAGGCGAGAAUGUAUCUACAAAGGAACCCACCUCACAAGACGUCUACAGGCUCUACAACGGCCACUUCGACGGCGAAUGGGACUUAGAGCUCUUCCAGUGCGAGGAGGACCACCCCCCCUCUCGCAAAGAACAGAGCGUCAAGCGUUUCGCGACUAUUGACUGCAAGACCAAUAAACCACUCUCUAAGCUGAGGGACUAUAAGAAUGCUAGCGGGGAGACUCUCAAGGCGCUAGACUUUGAGGUCAGAAUGGUUCUUUCCGGUGCGGCUGUAGAGUUUGGUGUCUUUAUUGAUGGGAAACGGGUCGGUAAAUCUGAUGUUCAUAUUCACUCUAAGUAG